AUGGCACCAACAGAAGAAUCAAUCUUGAGCAACUUUCUGCUGUCACCAGCACCGUUGCCGACGGUGAUGUCGCUCCAGAAGUUCACAGAACUCUUUCCAAAGCGCCUGCGCAAUCACCCGCACAUCAGGACUCUGUACCGGGAGCUCCAGCAAGUCCGCGAGCAGGACAUGGAUAGAGUCAAUGAAAAUAUCGACACUGAGAUGAAGCAGAGUGACAAGCAGAAAGCAGAGUUGCACAAAGCCUGCCUUGCCACCGGAGUGGAAGCCUCGAGUGAUAAUGAACAGCGCGAGGUCGACAUGGAUCUCCAUCUGUUUGGUCAGACACAGACUGCCACACCGGAGGAUUAUCACUCUGUGGCUAGUUUGCUCACUGCAAUGGAGACUGCCAGUGCCCAUAUUGAACAGGAGAUUUCCGCCAUUGACCGAGAGGCGGCGGGGAUCUUGGCUCAGCUUAGUACGACUGUCGGGGAUAUGAGUGAUCUCCGUUAUGGCAAGUUGCAGGGUCCAACUGGAACUGCUGAUGAUAUGGCCAAUGAGGCUAUCAAGGGCUUGCAGAAUUUGGAGGACACUUGCUAUAAGAAUAGCAUGUCUUGA